ACCAAGCUGAGGAUACCUUGCGUAUGGAAACAAAAGGUUUUGGUUGCAACUCUGCGGUAUGCGGCCUACUAAUAACUUGCAGUUUCCAGAAGAAACCCUUACCAGUCUCUGUUCUUUCCUCUCGGUUUCAAAGAACCAAGAAACAAACAAUGGUGGCUCGUUGCAUCUUUAAAUCGGACGAUAUAGUGAUAAAAUCGCCCAAUGAUAGGCGACUCUAUAGACUAAUUGAGCUUGAAAAUGGUCUCUGCGCUUUGCUAGUUCACGAUCCCGAGAUUUACCCUGACCAGGAUUCUAAAACCCUAGGCAACUCGCACCAAGUAGAAGAAGAAGAUGAUGAUGACGAAGAAGAAGAAUAUGAGGAUGAUGAUGAAGAAGAUGAUAGUGAAGGAGAGGAUGACGAUGAAGGUGAAGAAGAAGAGGAAAGUGAAGAUGAUAGUGAAGUGAAAGGAGCGGGAAAAGGAAAGGAAGGUUCGCAGACUAAGAAGGCAGCGGCAGCAAUGUGUGUAGCGAUGGGCAGCUUCUCUGACCCAGUUGAGGCACAGGGUCUCGCUCAUUUUUUAGAACACAUGCUUUUCAUGGGGAGUACUGAUUUUCCAGAUGAAAAUGAGUAUGAUAGUUACCUGUCCAAGCAUGGAGGCUCAUCAAAUGCAUACACUGAGACUGAGCAUACAUGCUACCAUUUUGAAGUCAAACCCGAGUUUCUUCAGGGUGCCUUAAGAAGAUUUUCUCAGUUUUUUGUUUCACCUCUUGUGAAAGUUGAAGCCAUGGAAAGAGAGGUGCUUGCAGUAGAUUCAGAGUUUAACCAGGUUUUGCAAAAUGAUGCUUGCCGCCUCCAACAGCUCCAGUGCCAUACAUCAGGACCUGGUUAUCCAUUUAACAGAUUCUUUUGUGGGAAUAAGAAGAGCCUUAUUGAUGCUAUGGAAAAAGGAAUAAAUUUGAGGGAACAUAUUUUGAAAUUAUACAGAGAUUACUACCAUGGUGGAUUGAUGAAGCUAGUUGUCAUUGGAGGAGAGUCUCUGGACAUACUCGAGAAUUGGGUUGCAGAGUUAUUUUCUAAUGUCAGAAAAGGUCCUCAGGCAAAGCCAAAGUUUCAGGUACAAGGUUCUGUCUGGACAGCUGGUAAACUUUAUAGAUUAGAGGCAGUUAAAGAUGUUCACAUCCUUGACUUAACAUGGACACUGCCAUGUCUUCGUCAAGAUUAUUUGAAGAAAUCUGAAGAUUAUUUGGCCCAUCUCUUGGGGCAUGAGGGCAGAGGAAGCUUACAUUCCUUUCUCAAGGCUAAAGGAUGGGCAACUUCUUUGGCUGCUGGGGUUGGAGAUGAAGGAAUGCAUAGAUCAACUGUAGCUUAUAUCUUUGGCAUGUCCAUUCAUCUCACUGACUCUGGCUUGGAAAAGAUUUUUGACAUCAUUGGCUUUGUUUAUCAAUACCUCAAGCUGCUACGCCAAGUUUCUCCACAAGAAUGGAUAUUUAAGGAACUUCAGGAUAUUGGAAACAUGGAAUUCAGAUUUGCAGAAGAGCAACCACAGGAUGAUUAUGCUGCAGAACUUGCAGAGAAUUUGCUUGUUUACCCAGCAGAACAUGUCAUCUAUGGAGAUUAUGUGCACAAGAUCUGGGAUGAGGAAAUGAUAAGACAUCUCCUGGGUUUCUUCAAACCAGAAAACAUGAGGAUUGAUGUGGUAUCAAAGUCAUUCAUGGAUUCACAGGAUUUCCAAUUUGAGCCUUGGUUCGGAUCACGUUACAUUGAAGAACAUAUUCCCCCUUCUUUGAUGGAAUUGUGGAAGGAUCCACCAGUACUUGAUGUUUCAUUACAUCUGCCUUCAAAGAAUGAGUUUAUUCCAUGUGAAUUCUCUAUCCGUGCUGAUAACUCAAACGACACAAACUCAUCUUUGCCAAGAUGUAUAAUUGAUGGAGCAUUGAUGAAGUUCUGGUACAAGCCAGACAACACUUUUAAACUUCCUCGUACAAAUACAUACUUCCGCAUGAAUUUAAAAGGGGCAUACAAUGAUGUGAAGAGUUGUAUUCUAACUGAGCUAUUUAUUAACCUUCUCAAGGACGAACUAAAUGAGAUUAUAUACCAGGCGAGUGUUGCCAAGUUGGAAACAUCUGUAUCUUUUGUUGGUGAUAAGCUGGAGCUAAAGGUUUAUGGUUUUAAUGAUAAGGUUCCAGUUCUAUUGUCUAAGAUUUUGGUGAUAGCCAACUCUUUUGUCCCUAUCAAUGAUCGGUUUAAGGUUAUAAAAGAGGAUAUGGAAAGAAGUUUGAAGAAUGCCAAUAUGAAGCCUCUAAAGCAUUCAUCAUACUUGAGACUUCAAGUUCUCUGCAAGAACUUCUAUGAUGUAGAGGAGAAGCUUUGUGUUUUAAGUGAUCUGUGUCUUGCUGAUUUGAAGGCAUUUAUUCCUGGACUUCGUUCCCAGCUUUAUAUUGAGGGUCUGUGCCAUGGUAAUUUGUUGGAAGAAGAAGCAAUCAACAUAUCAAAUAUAUUCAAAAGCACCUUUCUUGUACAACCACUCCCUGUGAAUAUGAGGCAUGAGGAGCAUGUAUUAUGUCUUCCUGCUGGUUCCAACCUGGCAAGAGAUGUCAAAGUGAAGAAUAAAUCUGAAACAAACUCUGUUGUUGAGCUUUAUUUCCAAAUUGAGCCGGAAACAGAGUCAAAAUCCAUAAAAUUGAAGGCAUUGAUAGAUCUUUUUGAUGAAAUUGUCGAAGAACCACUUUUUAAUCAGCUAAGGACAAAGGAGCAGCUUGGUUAUGUUGUUGAAUGCAGCCCAAGAGUAACAUAUCGUAUUUAUGGGUUUUGUUUCUGUGUUCAAUCUUCCAAAUACAACCCAAUUUACUUGCAGGGGAGAAUUGACAACUUCAUUUCUGACCUAGAUAAGUUGUUGGAAGGGCUUGAUGACACAUCCUUUGAGAACUAUAGAAAUGGGUUAAUGGCUAAAUUACUGGAAAAAGAUCCUUCCCUUCAGUAUGAAACUAAUCGGCUCUGGAAUCAGAUCGUCGAUAAAAGGUAUAUGUUCGACUUCUCACAAAAGGAAGCAGAAGAAGUGCAAAAGCUUCACAAGGAUGACGUUAUCAGUUGGUACAAAACGUAUUUGCAACAAUCAUCUCCCAAUUGCAGAAGACUUGUAGUUAGGGUUUGGGGUUGCAACACGGACUUGAAAGAAUUCGAAGCAGAAAGAGAUUCCGAGCAGGCCAUUAAAGACCUCUCUGCUUUUAAGAUGUCAUCUGAGUAUUAUCCAAGCCUUUGUUGAGCUUGUCAUUUCGACUAGUUGAAAUAAUCAAGUGUACCAUGAAAACCCACUGAAGGUCCUGAUACUGCAGAUGAAUUUUGAAGAGGAAACUGCCAGGAACAAAUUCACUGGCGAAUGGCUGAUCGGAGAUUACUAGCGAUUCCAACAAUUAUUAUCCUUGUAACAUUGAAUUCAUUUUACUUACAAUUUUAUUGAAUUUUUUAAUUUCCGCUAAUAAAUUGUUAAAGUUUUUUGGUUUGAGUUGGUAUAAUAAUCUCAAGUCAAAUGGUGAGAUGGUUGAGUUCUUUUUAGA